GGGGGGGGCGGGGGGGACCCUAAAUCCCCCUCUAAGCUGCAGCUCAGCAGGGAUUAGCCUGGGCCAUGGCGCUGGGACGGAGGGGGGCUGGUGCCCUGCGGCUGCUGGAGGAGGCCCUGGGCCCCCCCCCCCCCGGCUCCGGGCGCAGCAGCUCCUGGGGGUGCUGCAGAGCCCCCUCUUCCAGGCCCUGCUCGACAUCCAGGAGAGCUACGAGGCGACAGUGGCGGAGGCCCCCCCUGCGCCCCCGCGGCUCCGGAAGUACCGGUACCAAGAUGAGGACAGCCCCCCCCUGGAGCAGAGCCCCGCCCACCUCCCCAGCCAGGCCAACUCGCCCCCUGUCAUCGUCAACACCGACACGCUGGAGGCCCCCGCCUACGUGAACGGCACCGAGGGCGAGAUGGAGUAUGAGGAGAUCACGCUGGAGCGGGGUAACUCAGGUUUGGGGUUCAGCAUCGCGGGGGGCACCGACAACCCCCACGUCGGGGAUGACCCCAGCAUCUUCAUCACCAAGAUCAUCCCCGGCGGCGCCGCUGCCCAGGAUGGGCGGCUCAGGGUGAACGACAGCAUCCUGUUCGUCAACGAGGCGGACGUGCGGGAGGUGACACACAGCGCGGCCGUGGAGGCGCUGAAGGAGGCCGGCGCCGUCGUCCGCCUCUACGUCAUGCGCCGCAAAGCCCUGGCCGAGAAGGUGGUGGAGGUCAAGCUCAUCAAGGGGCCCAAAGGGCUGGGGUUCAGCAUCGCGGGGGGCGUGGGGAACCAGCACAUCCCGGGGGACAACAGCAUCUACGUCACCAAAGUCAUCGAGGGCGGCGCCGCACACAAGGACGGGCGGCUGCAGAUCGGGGACAAGAUCCUGGCCGUGAACAACGUCAGCCUGGAGGACGUGAUGCACGAGGACGCGGUGGCGGCGCUGAAGAACACCUACGACGUUGUCUACCUGCGGGUGGCUAAGCCGGCCGCCACCUUCCUCGGGGACGCCUUCGCCCCUCCCGACGUCACCAGCUCCUACUCGGCGCACCUGGACGCAGACCUGGGUCCCCAAAGCUACCUGGGCCCCGAGUUCCCCCCGGCCAUGACCCCCACGUCCCCCCGGCGCUACUCCCCCGGCCCCAAGGACCUGCUGGCUGAGGACGACGUCCCCAGGGAGCCGCGGCGCAUCAUGAUCCACCGGGGCUCGACGGGGCUGGGCUUCAACAUCGUUGGGGGGGAGGAUGGCGAGGGCAUCUUCAUCUCCUUCAUCCUCGCCGGGGGCCCAGCCGACCUCAGCGGGGAGCUGCGCAAGGGCGACCAGAUCCUCUCCGUGAACGGCGUGGACCUGCGCAGUGCCACGCACGAGCAGGCGGCGGUGGCGCUGAAGAACGCCGGCCAGACUGUCACCAUCAUCGCCCAGUACAAGCCCGAGGAGUACAGCCGCUUCGAGGCCAAGAUCCACGACCUGCGGGAGCAGCUGCUGAGCAGCAGCCUGGGCUCGGGCAGCGCGUCCCUGCGCAGUGACCCCAAGCGCGGCUUCUACGUCCGGGCGCUGUUCGACUACGACAAGGCCAAGGACUGUGGGUUCCUCAGCCAGGCGCUCAGCUUCCGAUUCGGGGACGUCCUCCAUGUCCUGGACGCCUCCGAUGAGGAGUGGUGGCAGGCACGGCACGUCCUGCCCCCCGGGCAGCCCCCCGACAUCGGCUUCGUCCCCAGCAAGCGGCGGGUGGAGCGGCGGGAGUGGACGCGGCUAAAGGCGAAGGAUCGGGUCCCCGGAUCGGGCUCGCAAGGGCGGGAGGACGCGGUGCUGAGCUACGAGACGGUGACGCAGAUGGAAGUGCACUACGCCCGCCCCAUCAUCAUCCUGGGCCCCACCAAGGACCGGGUGAACGACGAUCUCCUCUCCGAGUUCCCUGACAAGUUCGGCUCCUGCGUCCCCCACACGACGCGGCCCAAGCGGGAGUACGAGGUGGACGGGCGCGACUAUCACUUUGUGGCCUCACGGGAGCGGAUGGAGAAGGACAUCCAGGGCCACAAGUUCAUCGAGGCCGGGCAGUACAACAGCCACCUCUACGGCACCAGCGUCCAGUCCGUGCGCGAGGUGGCCGAGCAGGGCAAGCACUGCAUCCUGGACGUGUCGGCCAACGCGGUGCGGCGGCUCCAGGCGGCCCAGCUGCACCCCAUCGCCAUCUUCAUCCGCCCCAAGUCCCUGGAGAACGUCCUGGAGAUCAGCAAGCGGGUGACGGAGGAGCAGGCGCGGAAAGCGUUCGACCGGGCGACCAAACUGGAGCAGGAGUUCACCGAGUGCUUCUCCGCCAUGGUGGAGGGCGACAGCUUCGAGGAGAUCUACCACAAGGUGAAACGCGUCAUCGAGGAGCUCUCGGGCCCCUACAUCUGGGUGCCGGCCCGCGAGCGGCUCUAGGGGUGGAGGACCCCCCCCCGGUCCCCCACACACAGCUCCCCCCGCACCGGCACCCCCCCUCCCCGGGGGGCCCUCCCCCCAAACCGGCAGGGACCCUCUGCCUGGGGGCGGCUGCAUGCACGGGACGCUGGGGGGGGGUGUGGCUCUGACACCCCAAAAGCAACGGGGGGGAGGAGGGCAGGGGUGACAGCCCCCCCCCCGGGGGUUGUGGGGUCCCCCCCCCACCCCGGCAGUGCCCCCCGGGGUCCCCAACGUCCGGGGGAGGAGGGGGGGGCUCUGAGCUGCUGCCCCCCCCCCCACACACACACUUUGGACUUGAGUUUUUGUACAUAUAAUCUCUAUAUUUGUACGCCCGUGGGGGUGGGGCCCCCCCAAACCCAGCCCCCCGCCCCAGCGGGUGGGGGUGGGGGCCCAGACGCCUGGGUCCCCUUGGGGGGGGGGGGGGUUGUCCCCUGGCCCCCCCGGCGCAGCGGGGGCUUCCCCGGCGGGGGGGGGGAGAUGAGAGUAUUUUGCAUAGAAAUAUUAUUGCUACCGUCAGGCGGGAAUAAACCGAGUCGAGACUCCA